AUUGAAGCUUACACUGGAAAAUCAUUAACUGACAUGCCCCCACAUGUCUUUGCCAUAGCAGAGGCUUCACUGCGCUACUACAAGACUGAGAGAAAGAAUCAAUCCUGCAUCAUCAGCGGUGAAAGUGGAGCUGGAAAGACCGAGACUACAAAAUUUAUAUUACAAUAUCUUUGUGCUGUGACAUACAGCGAAUCAAGAUGGGCAGAGCAGCAGAUCCUGGAAGCAAACACAGUACUGGAGGCAUUUGGUAAUGCAAAGACACUGAGAAAUGACAACUCGUCUCGUUUUGGCAAGUUCAUUCAAGUCUGCUUUGAUAAGAGAGGGCAGAUCAGCGGCUGCAUUAUUCAGGACUAUCUGCUUGAGCUAUCGAGAAUUAGCUUCCAGUCGCCAAACGAGCGAAACUAUCACAUAUUUUAUCAGAUGAUCGCCGGAGCCAUGAGAAACUCAGAACUAAAACAAGAGCUGCUCAUUGAGCCUGCCCACACUUUUAAUUACCUCAACCAGAGUGGUUGCUAUGAUCUUGAAAACAUUGACGAUGUCAAAAUGUUUGACGAUCUAUGUCUCGCAUUACAAGUGCUUCACAUAUCCCCGGAACUUGUGACUGGGAUUUUUCGUGUCCUGUCAGCCAUUUUAUGGAUCGGCAACCUCAAGUUUGGAGGUGAAGAUGAGGAGGCGUGUCACUUGGCAAAGGAAGACAAGGCUGUCAUUAAGAGAAUAGCAGUCCUUCUCGGGAUUCAGGAGUCGGUGAUUGAAAAAAUAUGUACAUCACGUGAGAUUCAUGUCAGAGGAUCUGUGACAAACAUAGCAUUGAAAUAUCAAGAGGCAAAGGAGAACAGACAUGCAAUGUCUAAGGCUCUAUACUCUCGCGUGUUCACUUGGCUUGUACAACAAAUCAACUCUUGCAACAAUCCCGGGACUGAUAGCUCCAGAUUCAUUGGUGUCCUUGAUAUAUUUGGUUUUGAGAAAUUCAAAAUUAAUUCAUUUGAGCAACUGUGCAUCAACUACACAAAUGAGAAGCUACACAAGUUCUUUAAUCACUAUGUGUUUGCACUUGAGCAGCAAGUGUACAAAGAGGAAGGGAUAAAGUUCUCUCACAUCACAUUCACUGAUAACACAGUUUGUCUGGAACUCAUUGAAAAGGCACCUAAGUGUAUUUUAAGACUCCUCGAUGAAGAGUGCAGGUUUCCAAAGGGAACUGAUCAGUCAUUUCUCAGUAAACUUCACCAUGAGGUGGUCAAGCAUCCAAACUUCAUAAAAGGAGAUGACAAGAGACGCUGGGGGAUUGAGUUUGGUAUACAACACUAUGCUGGACCCGUCAUCUAUACCAUCGAGGGUUUCCUUGAUAAAAACAAAGACGUGCAGCAGGAGAUGUUUUUUGAUGCAAUGGAGUCUUCCAAGAGUCCAUUUGUACUGGAAAUUGCCAAAUACAGAGACAUGCUCUCAACUUAUCUUGAGAUGGCAAAGAGUAGGACUACAGCCUCGAGGAGUCUUGUCAGUGGUACAAAGACAAUGAAGGGCAAGCCAACGGUCGGCGAUACAUUUAGAACUCAGCUCCUUGCACUUGUUGAUACGCUUGAUGCAACAACACCCUGGUAUGUUCGUUGUUUAAAGCCGAAUCAUCAUAAAGGUGCAUCCUCUUACGAUGAUGAACUGAUACUGUCACAGUUACGAUACUCAGGCAUGCUUGAUAUAGUCAGGAUCAGGAAAGAGGGGUAUCCGGUUCAUGUUCCUGCCAAAGAGUUCUUAGAGAAAUACCGGUGUCUUGCUCAAGUUGAGCUCCCUGACGACAACAAGAAAGCUGUAGCAUUCAUACUCAAGAGUCUGAAAGUCCCAGAGACCGAGUGGCAAAUCGGAAAAACGAAGGUUUUUCUACGAAAUUCAGUUUUUGAGCCUCUCGAGACGGAAAGGAGGAGCCUCCUCACGGCAAAGAUGAUCAUAAUACAAAAGAUCUGGCGUGGGUACAGGAUACGUAAGCGAUACCUCCAAACAAGACAAGCUACAAUUGUCAUUCAGAAAUAUUUCCGUGGGCAGAGACAGAGGAUCACUUUCCUUCGAAAGAAGAGAGCGGCAAUAUUGAUACAGGCGCAUGUACGAGCGCUAUUUGCAAGAAUACUUGUGGAAGAGCUUCGACAGAGGAAGAGAGAAGAGGAGGAGAGACUGGAGAGGCUUAGAAAGGAAGAGGAGGAGAGAAGACGAAGGGAAGACGAGCAGAGACGAAUCGAAAUGGAAGAGAAAGAGAAGGAAGAUGCUUUCAAGGAGGCUCAGAAAGAAUUACUCACUCUAGCUCAAAUGGCAAACAAGAAAGCAAAGAGAACCGUCGACACUAAAGGACAGGUCAAUCUCGAUGAGAUGUUCAUAUUUCUAAAAGAAGAUCCCAAAUCAGCGCAAGCUGGUAAGGACGAGAAGGUUUUUCUUCGCUCUCUGUCUCAAGAUCUGGAGGACAUGUUCCAGCAGUCUGAGGGUGCCAGACUACCAAUGCAGCCGAUAAGGGAAGCACCCAAACCUCCAGUGUUGACCUUUGAAGCUAAAGAGGCAUCAAGAGCUCAACGUAAGCGCCAAAGAGAGAGAAGAGUACUCAAAAAGUCUCUUGGGAUUGACGACGAGGGUGCUACUGGCGAGACUAGCUUUGACCCUUCGGCUUACCCCCUCUUAAAAUUUGCUGAGAUGUACUUCAAUGAUUUCCCAAAAGACACUGGAGGUUUCAGUACCUUUUCACUUCGCCGUAUGCCAUCCAGAAUCAAAGAUCCACUACCAAAGAAUGAGAUGCUUGUGUUCACAAAGAACACGUCACUCCCAACAUCAAUGAUACACAUGCACUUGCCAGAGAAUGUCAAUCUCUCUUGUUCGAUAUUCAAGGAUCUCUGUAGGUAUAUGAGGGGAGACAUCAAGGAAGAUCAGGUCAAUCUGAUAAUUCAAAGUAUCAUUGCAUACGGCAUUGAUAGAACCGAGCUGAGAGAUGAGAUCUUUUGUCAGAUUAUAAGACAAGUGACGGAAAACCCAAGUGAAGAGGCAACUCUUAGAGGAUGGCACUUUCUUACUCUAGCUACCAUUGCAUUCCCACCUACCAAAAACUUUAACAAGUAUCUUCAAGCUUUCUUUGUGACCAAGUCCAGUGAUCCUUUGGUUGGUAAAUUCUCUUCGAUGUGCCUCCAAACAAUGAGAACGGUCAAACCCAGUGCACGAAGACUACCUCCAUCAAGCAUUGAGAUUGAAGCUGUUAAGGUUCCAUCACAGCUCAUCUGUCGUUUUUAUUUCUUGGAUGGCAAAGCUAAAGCUAUGGGUGUCGAUCCAUCAGCUACUGCUUCAGACGUCAUUAAGAGUCUUGCUAGUCGCGUUGACCUCCAGUCUAGCGAUGGGUGGGGCCUGUUUGAAGUCAACCCUGACCGAGAACACUUUAUUAAAGGUCACGACUAUAUUUCUGACAUCCUCUCGCAAUGGGAAAGGGACAAGAGAUCCUCAAUGCGUAUGACUCAGUACACAACUAUCAGUAAGAGACCUUCCUUCACAGCUGCUCUAGGAGGAGGAGACUCUCGUUUUGUGUUCCGUAAGAGGAUAUUUAGGAGACCCAAGGAGAUACCUGAUGACCCAGUGGAGUAUCACUUAAUGUAUGCACAAGCUGUUCAUUCAGUAGCUAAGUUGGAUGAGUUUCCACUGAAUGAGAAAGUGGCACUUCAAUUGGCUGGUCUUCAUGCUCAGGUCCUAUGGGGUUCCUAUGACAGGACAAUGAUGAGCCGAUAUGAUGAACUGGAGCAGUACAUUCAUCCACGGAUCCUGUCAAGCAACAGGUUGAAAACAAGAGAAGACUGGAAGAAAUCAAUAGCAGAAGCACAUGAGAUGUUUGGUACUGGUAAAACUGCAUUACAAGCUAAAGUCUGGUAUCUGACUGCUGUCAAGCAUUACCCAUUGUAUGGCUACGCACAGUUCCCUGUGACUUAUAAGGGAUUCUGGUCACACCCAAAUGUACUGAUGCUUGCUGUUGGAGCUGAAGGAGUGAAAUUUGUCAACCAAAAAACAAAAAAUGUAAUGGCUGAAUAUAAUUACAACGAGUUGGAUAACGUGGCGGUUGAUAUCGUCGAGGAUGCCAUUACUCUGAACAUGAAAAUAACCGAAGCACAUCAGAAGCAAGUCUCAUUUAAUUUUGAAACAAAGCCGGGACAGAAGGAGGACAUAGCCAAUCUUAUUGCUAGCUACUCUCCUCAGCACCAGAACUGGCACAGAGUGGGAGAAGUAAAAACAAAUGUGGUCAAAGUGAGUGAAGAGGAAAGGUCAAGGAUAUGGGCUGACAUAGCAACACUGAGAAAGUCACUUGUGGAGCAUGGGAUCUUAAGGCAACCGGUGGAGCAGGCAACAGGGUUUUUGACAACAACGCUACGCCGCUAUGUCAACAAACAAAAAAUGGAACAAAUGUCAGCCGUAGGAACAGUUGGAAAAGACUAUGAGAAGUUGUACAAGAGAUCAUACUGGUCAUACUCCAAGACAAUGUUAAAGCAGCCACUGACAAUCAGUGUAGGAGUAGAGGAAGAUGAGAUAUGCAUGCAACUAUUUUAUACCAUACUAGUACACUCAGGCAUUACUCCUUCAAGUGGUAAAGGAUUUGAUGAAGUCAAUCCUGACGAUGUGAUGACUCUUGUACAGCUAUCACUUGAGAAAUGUCUGGAGAAAGAAGCACUCUGCAACGAGUUCUACCUUCAAAUCAUUAAACAAACCACCGAGCAGCCAGAAUCUAAUGGUCGUAUCAAUGUACAAAACUGGCGUUUCUUAUCAUUGGCCUGUGGGGUGGUUGUCCCCAGGAACAAGCAAAUACUUAACUACUUACAGGCCCAUCUCCGUCGCUGUACACUGGACACCUACACGGAGGAGGGACAGUAUGCCCAGUUCUGUCUUAAAGCUCUCAACAGGACAAUAGAGAGCAAGAAUAGGAAAUACCCUCCGUCACAGAGAGAGAUACAGUGCAUUAUUAGAAAGCGCCCAAUCCACGAGAGGUUCUAUUUCACUGAUGGACAAUUCAGAGCACUUGAGUUUGAUUCUGCAGCUACAGCUGAAGAGGUCGUUAAGAUGGUCCAGGAGAGGAUUGGUCUCUUUCAAGAUGCCUUUGGAUUCUCUCUUUAUGAAGUCCUUGGACAACUAGAGCGUAAUAUGCUACCAAGUGACAAAGUAUCUGAUGCAAUGUUCAAGUGGGAGAAGUACUCUAAAAGCACUGGAUCAACAAAGACACUUAGACUGACGUUUAAGAAGAGGCUCUUCAUAAGACCAUUCUACAAUCCAGAAGACAAUGUGGAGUUCAAUCUCCUUCUGCAUCAAGUGAUAGAUGAUGUCGUCAAUGACAGAUUCCCCAUUUCACUCUCUGAAGUGAUUUACUUGGCAGGACUAAGAGCUCAAGCUACGCUUGGAAACUAUCAAGACAGCAUUGAGUUUUCAGACUACAUGUCUAUCAUAGAGCAAGUAAUCCCAAAUCACUUGAGGCACAAAGUUCAUCCAGAUAACAUCAGACACAAGCACUAUGAAUACUCCGACACUUCAGAGCAGGAGUGCAAUGAAGCCUUGCUUGCCUUUGCGCAACAAUGGCAGCUGUAUGGAUCAACGAUAUUUGAAGUGGUUCAGGCACACACUACAACACUUCCAAAGAGUCUUUGGCUUGCAAUUAAUCAUUCUGGAGUACAUAUACUGAAGAGAAGGGAAAAGGAGCCACUGGUCUCUUACGAAUACAAGAACAUUGUCAAUUAUAGUCCUUCGUUGAAGAGUAUUCUAAUUGUGAUGGACAGUCUUACCAGAGGAACAAGAUUCAUAUUUAACACAACUCAAGCAUCUCAAAUUGCUCACUUAAUACGUGACUAUACACAUAUUGUCGCUGAGAAGCAACGCAAAUCCAUUAACAGAGUCUCCUACACACUGAUAUAAUCCCUUUCAUCUGACUUCAUUUACUUUUAUUUAUUCUUAUUUCAUUUUUUAAUAGUUAUUAUUAUUAUUAUUGUUGUUGUUAUUAUUAUUAUGCCAGAUGUGUUAUGAUUCAAAAAAACAAUAAAAUGGGAGCUAUUUGAUGUUUUGUGAGUACUAUUAUAAUUUUAUUAUGUAUUGAUUUUAAUUAUGCAGUUGGCACAAAUCUACAGCUUUUUAUAUGCACCACAGUCAUAUAAUCUAGCUAUUGAAUUUUUAAUAGUAUUAUCAAAAAUAGACAUAAUUUUAAUAUUAAACAAGCAAAUAGUCACAAGUUAAUAGUCCAGGUGGGUAUAAGACAAAUGCAAUUUGUUGUUAACAUACCCACACUUCUCAAAGAGCCCUUGGCUUUUAACAUUAUCUGCAUAAAUGUAACAAAAUGGAGUAAGUCCUUUGGCCAGUAUCUUGCAUGUUUGCUCUUGUAUGACAAUGGUGGCCAGUCCUUUCCCUCGAUGCUCUUCAACUGUAAAUAAGUGGUACAGGAUCCCCACAGCUGUUGAUACUAUCCAUGAAACUGGUUGAGCAGGUUCUGUUGAUGUGUCAUAAAUAGCAACACUCGGAUAGUUGGUAACUAAGUUAUUUAUAAAUGGCUGCGCUAUGUCACCUCCUUCGCCCCAUUUUGAUGCAACAAA